ACAGACGGAGAGGAGACACUUUAGACAGCAUCUACUCCACACCUGGAUUACACCUGGUUUAGACUUAGCCUGAACCUGAUUUAGUCCUGGCUUAAACCUGAUUUAGUCCUGGUUUAGUUCUGGUUUAGUCCUAGUUUAGUCCCGUUUUAGUCUAGUCCUGGUUUAAUCCUGGUUUAGUUCUGGUUUAGUCCUGGUUUAGUCCAGGUUUAGUCCAGGUUUAGUCCUGGUUUAGUCCAGGUUUAGACCUGGUUUAGUCCUGGUGGUUUAGUCCUGGUUUAGUCCUGGUUUAGUCCUGGAGGUUCUUGCAGGUAGGUUACAUAAAUAGAAGUGGAGAGGCCGAACAGUCACAUUUUGUAAAUACGGCAGUAACAGUAUAAGUGUAAUUAUGAACAGCCUGUUUGUAAAGUUCUAGUGUAAAUCGGUGUUGGCUCGUGUAAUAUAUUUUAUUACGGUGUAUUCUUUUCGUCUCCGUCUCCUGUCCGUGUUGCCAGGGAAACGACGUGAUGCGCUUAAAGACGCAGAGCGCAACACAUACGGACUGAUGUGUGACCAGGGUUGAAGGUUCGAAUCCCUCCUCACCCAUUCAUAAAAACAUCUUUUUACAGUCAUAAUUUAAGAGCAUUUUUCUUAUUACAAAAGUGAAUCUUGUACAUUCACUUGUGACUUAAAAAAUAAAGAACUAUUUCUUUGUCUUUUCAGAGCCCGCAUGAGAGAGCUGCUCUAAGUUCGAGGAAAAAAACUGAAACAUACUUCCUUUUAAUGCCCACUUUUAGUUCCUUGUUUUAGUAUAAAAAUAAAAAUGAGGUCAGGAGGCUUUUGUGAGCCACGUGACUGUCGUAAACACUGUGCCUGUCCAUACGGCAGUGCACGGACGGAGCGCGUUACGGCAGCGUCAUGGAUGUCCUUAGGAAAGUGUCCGGAGUGUGAGGACCAGAGAGCUACAGAUCCACGCUCCACGGGAGGAUCUGACCCCACAACAGCGCAGGUCUGCGUGUUUGUGUCACGGCGAGAGGAGCCUCGUGCGGAGAGCGCGCGUGCACUGUUGUGUCCUGUUGCCAUGGCGUCGGGCUGGCUACGUGUCUCUGCUCUGAUGCAGAAGUAUCGCUCUCCUCUCCUCAUCUCCACCUGCUCUGGACUCUUUGGACUCAACCUGGUCCAGCACCUAGUCCCAGACCAGACCUUCUGCUCCCUGUACCAGGCCUGGUCUAAAGGAGAGCCAGUCCAGCUGUCCCCAAAGCUGGAGAAACUUUUCCAACAGGUUCUUCAAGACUAUUGUGUCAGUUCUCCGCAGAAGUUCUUGGCAUUCGCGUCGUUCGGGUUCCACCCUGUGGGAGCGGGGCUGCCUCUUCUGCCCUCUGGUGUGCAUGUGGGGAUCCCUGCCAACUUCAACAGCAGCGAAGAGGACACCACGGGCAUCACCGACCGAACAAUCUUCAUCAACGGCCGCGCCGUGGACUGGAGCAGCGCCACAGGCACUGCCCUCAGACAUGCCCUGGUGCUUUCUGAACCCGCUCAGAAGUUUGCGUUGGCUCGUGAGGUAGCACGGCUGGACGGUUGCCUCCCGGUGCUGAGUGCGGCGGUGGCGCCGGCGUGUGUGGGUGGAGUCUGGGUCUACAGCGUGCUCUUAAAGCAGGUCUUUGGUCUGCACAGUGGGCCUAUGGUGUUCAGGGUGGCGGUGAACGCUCUCUCUCUCUGCCUCGGUGCUGUUUCAUACUUCCUGUGCUCUGACGCUGUGGGGCAGUUUGUGGACUACAGCUCGGACCGCCGCGCAGCCGCUGUCUCCCCACUCUAUGCUAACGGAGGUGUGGAGUUUUACGAUAAAAUCCUGUCCAGGAAUAGAACGCUGCGGUCACUCAUGGGUCAGAAAGGAGAAGAGAUGUAUGCCCCCAACGGUAACCUGUUUCCUGCAAACCUACUACAACUUAAGCAUGCACCUUAUACCGCCCGGAGGGACGGCAUCCAGGCCAUGAUCACCCAGGAGAAGGCCUAACAUCGUAUUGCCCGGAGGGACCGCAUCCAGGUCAUGAUCUGCACAGAUCCUCUGCUCGUGUCCUCUGUUGUGGACACUUGCCUGGUUGUUUGUGGACUUGUAUAAAAACUGCGCUUUUUGACAGAAUCUAUUUAACAUGUAAAUAAUGUGUAACUGAGGUUUUGGAAGAAACAAUAAACAUGUUGAAUUUUA